UUGGGAUCUGUCCAAACUCAUUUAAAAAGGGUCGCAUAUGGUAAACUAAAGACAGAAAACACCAAAGCUAGACAAAACGAAGCACGGAGAAUAGAAGCUAGAAGCCAAAGGCUAAAGGCCUCUCUGCAGAAUCUGUUAGCAGAAACACCAUAAGCAGAGAGGGAAAAAAAUUUAAAGAAGUCAAAAAAAUUGUUGUUUUUCUCUGUUUCUUAAGAACAAUAUGAGGUAGUUUUAUGUGCCAAAGCAGCUCCAGGCUAGUUUCCUUUCUUUUUCAGGUGUUCCUUUCUGUCAGAAUUCUUCUUUGUAUUUUCUUGCUCAAAGUUUCCUUUUUAAGCGAGAGAUUUUCUUGCACUUUCCUUUUUUUUUUCCUCUCUCUCUCUCUCUCUCUCUCUCUCUCUUGUUUUGAAGAUAUCAGAUUUUGACAGACUAUGUUCCUUUUUUUGGGUGAGUUCAAUAAAAGGAUAAUUAAUGCACUGCCAAAGAGCCAAUCUUGGAAUUGUGAGGAUUUUCUUGAGAGAGUUUAAAUACCCGUUUAUAAUCUUGCAGUAUUAACCGCCCUACCUCAUAAAAAGAAAAGCUGUAACAACCGUUUUGGACUGGUCUCAAUUCACUGGCUUCUUGCUCUUACAGUCAUACAAGGUAUAAAACGAGAGAAAGCAUACUCUCAAAACGAGACAAGCUCUCUCUCUCUCUCUUUAGAAAAUGCUGUUAAAGAAGCAGCAGAGUUGCAGGACUCUGGUCUGAUACAUUUGUCAAUAAAGGUCUAGUAGAAUUUUCUGGUUCUCUUUCCAUUAUAAAUCCAAGGGAAAUUUCCGAAUCCAAGUACUGUAACUAAUCUUUCAACAGAUCUGUAGAGCAGAGAAGCAAAAAUGUUAUCCCAGAAGCAAGCAGAGGAACAGAUGGUAUCUAGCUUCAAUGAAACUGAGCAUGAAGAGAAAGAAGAAGAUCAGAAUAAGGGAGAUGACUCCAUUUUUAGCCUCAAGAGUAUUCUUUGGCAUGGUGGGUCUGUGUAUGAUGCCUGGUUUAGCUGUGCCUCAAAUCAGGUUGCUCAGGUUCUGUUGACACUGCCCUACUCUUUCUCCCAAAUGGGGAUGCUUUCUGGAAUAAUUUUGCAGGUAUUUUAUGGUAUUAUGGGGAGUUGGACUGCAUAUCUCAUCAGUGUUCUAUAUAUAGAGUACCGAAGCAGAAGGGAGAAAGAGAAUGUUAGCUUCAAGAACCAUGUCAUACAGUGGUUUGAAGUGCUAGAUGGUUUGCUAGGUCCAACCUGGAAAGCUGUCGGGUUGGCCUUUAACUGCACUUUUCUACUCUUUGGUUCUGUUAUACAACUUAUAGCCUGUGCAAGCAAUAUAUACUACAUUAAUGACAAAUUAGACAAAAGAACAUGGACAUAUAUCUUUGGAGCUUGCUGUGCCACCACUGUGUUCAUACCUUCAUUUCACAAUUACAGAAUUUGGUCAUUUCUUGGGCUUGGAAUGACCACCUACACUGCCUGGUAUUUGACCAUCGCAGCCCUUGUUCACGGCCAGGCUGAUGGUGUAAUCCACUCUGGCCCAACAAGAUUGGUUCUUUAUUUCACAGGCGCCACCAAUAUUCUCUACACUUUUGGUGGUCAUGCUGUUACUGUGGAAAUUAUGCAUGCAAUGUGGAAGCCUCAGAAAUUCAAGUACAUAUAUUUCCUAGCCGCCCUAUAUGUGUUCACCUUAACAAUUCCAUCAGCUGUUGCUGUCUACUGGGCAUUUGGCGAUCAACUCCUCGACCACUCGAAUGCCUUCUCCCUUCUUCCCCGUUCCAGGUGGCGAGAUGCUGCAGUUAUCCUCAUGCUCAUCCAUCAGUUCAUAACAUUCGGAUUUGCAUGCACACCACUGUAUUUUGUGUGGGAGAAAGUGGUAGGGAUGCAUGAUACCAAGAGCAUAUUUUUAAGGGCAUUAACCAGGUUGCCUGUAGUUAUACCUAUAUGGUUCUUGGCUAUUAUAUUUCCUUUCUUUGGCCCCAUUAACUCAGCUGUGGGGGCUCUUUUGGUCAGCUUCACCGUCUACGUCAUCCCUGCUUUAGCUCAUAUGCUCACUUUUCGAUCUGCCUCUGCUCGACAGAAUGCAGCAGAGAAGCCUCCAUUUUUCCUCCCUAGCUGGACAGCCAUGUAUAUAGUGAAUGCAUUUGUUGUGAUCUGGGUCCUUGUUGUUGGCUUUGGAUUAGGAGGGUGGGCCAGUGUGACCAAUUUUAUCAAGCAAGUUGACACAUUUGGUCUCUUUGCCAAGUGCUACCAGUGCCCGCCGGCGGCCGCUGCAAAGCAUCAUUGACUGUUCUGGACUCAUCAUCCAAGUUAUACCCUAAAGCCACUUAUUACAAUUUCUCCACAGCAUUUUCUUUAUGUAUUAUACAGAGGGAGGCACAAACACCACCAGAAUCUCCCUUAUAUAUUGUGUUUUGUUUCAACCCUUUUAUAAGUUGUGGGUGAUUUGUGAAUGGAAAUGUUUGGUUAAUUAGUAUCA